CAACAUCUUCGAGAUCGGAUCGAUUCCAAGCCCACCACCUACCGGUCAACUCAACUGUCCAUACGCCGUCGUCGUCGUCGUCGUCUAUAUUCUCACUCCCUCUCCUUCGGCUUCAGUUUCACCGCCCUGCCCAUGAUUGCUGCACUGGGCUUCCACGUUUCUUGCUGAUUAGCUUCGAAUCCCUGACAUUCUUUUGGGGUUUUUGCUUCCACAAUGCCGUCCGAUUACGAUUCUUCGUCCUCCACCUCCCCAUCCGAAAUUGAUGAGAAAAACCCUAAUUCCACCACGCCCAAUCCAGAAUCGAUCGAUCAAUCUCUCGAUGCCAUUGAGAAUCAGUUGGCAUCGAUUUCAAUGUCCUCCCGCUCGCCGGGGGCGACACUUGACGAAGAGGAAUCGGAGCGAGAUGAGGGAGAAGAGCAGGAACAACCGGCGGAGCAGCUGGAUAUCACGAACGGAUCUUUGAGUGAAGAAAUUGGAACGGAAGUGCCGAUUGAAUCAAUCGAGGAUGAUCAUGUUGAGCCUAGUGAAGAGGUUGAGUCUUCGGGGCCAAUUAAAGGGAGCUCUUCCUUUGUCUGGAGGAGUACUUCCGAAGCAGAUGAGAUUGAGCGGCCAUUGAGUCCAAGUAGCAGUGGAUAUGCUGGUGAGAUGGGGAGCACUAGCGGCGGUGAUGAAAUCAAUGAUGAUGAUGAUGAUGAAAAUGGAAAUGGAACUGAGAUCCAGGAGGUCCAGAAAGCUGAGGUUUUGGAGUCCCAUGAACUUCGGACAUCUGGGAAGCGCCACGCUGAUGAGGAUGACGCAUCGGUUUCAUGGCGGAAAAGGAAGAAACACUUCUUUAUGUUGAGUCACUCCGGAAAACCGAUAUAUUCAAGACAUGGGGAUGAGCACAAGCUAGCUGGAUUCUCUGCAACGCUACAAGCCAUCAUUUCCUUCGUCGAAAAUGGGGGAGAUCGAGUCAAAUUGGUUAGAGCCGGUAAACAUCAGUUUGUUUUUCUUGUGAAAGGACCAAUCUACUUGGUUUGCAUUAGUUGCACAGAAGAGCCCUAUGAAUCAUUAAGGGGGCAGCUAGAGCUCCUCUAUGGUCAGAUGAUACUUAUCCUAACAAAAUCUGUAAAUCGAUGCUUUGAGAAGAAUCCAAAAUUUGAUAUGACAUCUUUGCUUGGGGGAACUGAUGCAGUCUUCUCUUCUUUGAUCCAUUCUUUCAGUUGGAAUCCUGCAUCGUUUCUUCAUGCAUACUCAUGCCUACCACUUUCUUAUUCAUCCCGUCAAGCUGUUGGUACCAUCUUGCAAGAUGUGGCUAGUUCUGGAGUACUGUUUGCACUCUUAUUGUGCAAGCACAAGGUAAUCAGUCUUAUUGGUGCUCAGAAAGCAUCUCUUCACCCAGACGAUAUUCUGUUACUCUCCAAUUUUAUUAUGUCAUCUGAAUCAUUUAGGACAUCUGAAUCUUUCUCGCCAAUUUGCCUGCCGAGAUACAAUCCAAUGGCAUUUCUAUAUUCGUAUGUGCAUUUUUUUGAUAUGGAUACUUACCUUAUACUGCUUACCACAAAGGCUGAUGUUUUCUACCAUUUAAAAGAUAGCAGGAUUCGAAUUGAGAGUGUACUUUUGAAGUCCAAUGUACUAAGUGAAGUUCAAAGAUCUUUGGUUGAUGGUGGCAUGCAUAUUGAGGAUUUGCCAAUUGACCCCACUUCUCGUGCUGGGUCGAUACCCUCUCAUCUAGGUUAUCCCAGGUCUGCCUCAGGUUCUCCUGGAAGGCUAAGGGAUGCGUUUGCUGGAAUUGGUGGUCCAGCCGGACUAUGGCAUUUCAUUUAUAGAAGUAUUUAUCUUGAUCAAUAUGUGUCAUCUGAAUUUUCAUCGCCAAUCAACAGCUUGAAACAGCAAAAAAGGCUAUACAGGGCAUAUCAAAGGCUUUAUGCAUCCAUGCAUGGCAGUGGAAAUGGACCCCACAAAACGCAGUUCAGACGAGAUGAAAAUUAUGUGCUUCUCUGUUGGGUCACACAAGAUUUCGAACUCUAUGCAGCUUUUGAUCCCCUUGCAGAUAAGGCUCUUGCUAUAAAAGUAUGCAAUCGGGUUUGCCAAUGGGUGAAAGAUGUAGAAAAUGAAAUAUUCUUGCUGGGAGCAAGUCCUUUUUCAUGGUGAUUCAUUCCCUCUUAUCGUGCAAUGUACACCGGCCGGCAUGUAUGUAUUCUUCUAGUCUUCUCGACCUAAUUACUUCUACUACAGUUUUGCCUCAAGUUCGCCUAAUGUUUUUUAUGGGCUUUUAUAUAUGCGUACUUGUAUUCGACUUGCAUUUGCAUAGCUUGCUGCGCCGAAUCUUGUUUAUCAGAGUAUGUAUCGAUCAAUAAGCAGCCCUCACGUUUAUUACAUGUUCCCUACACCGGUUAGUGACGGUAAUUGUGUUAGUUACUUUCCAUUUUGUUGUUAGAUUAAGUUGGAAACACCAUGUCUUGUUUUUAGUUUUA